AUCAGAACAUGCAGCACCUGCCCACGGACUCGUUCCUCCAUGUCGCGGGGUUCUUGGGUGUGCGCGACCUCAAGGCCAUCUCAAUGACCUGCCACAGUUUCUCCAAGUUGGUGCAUCAUGGCGAAUCGACGCUUUGGAAAGAUCACUUUUAUCGUCGGUGGAACCGCUUCAAUUUCGCCUUGGACCUGUCGCUCCCGUGUGUCAUGUCCGAGUUGUUGCGCCAGCAAUGCCACACGGACAGCGCUUCGUAUCGGUUCUUGACCCAUCUCGUGCAACGCCUUCCCGCGUACGCCGACGUCGACCACACCCACACGAAAGCAGGUCACGUUCCCCAGCAUCGAUUCCGAGUCCUGGAGCAUGCAGAUGGGUUCGCGGACGCUCCGUUGACGAUCGCGUACGAUGGCAAUGUGGUUGGGGGCGAUCGUUGCGUCCGGUCCAACGCUCCGUUCUGCACGACACCUCAUGCCACGGUCCUCCGGCGUCGCGAUAGCCACGGGCAUGAGUUUUAUCGAUUGGGCGUGUCCCGCAAUGGUUACUUUGAAAUCAGCAUUCGUCCAUGCGUACCACCACCACCGAUGCGCCCCACAGCCGAAUCGUCGACGCCUACCGUGUUUCAUUUCCAACAAGGCCAUCACCCACAGAACAAUUGCGUGGCCAUCGGUAUCGCAGAUCGCCAGUUUAACGUCAUACGCAACCAACCAGGGUGGCGCGGAGUUUCUUACGGGUAUCACGGCGACGACGGCCACGCAUUUCACUUGUCGUUUCGGGGCUGGGAGUAUGGAGAAACAUUUGGCGUGGGGGAUACGGUCGGGUGCUCGUUCGUGAACAACGCCAGUGUUGUGUUUACUCGAAAUGGCCAAGUGGCGGGCCCCCCGAUCCCGUGCGCCCCCAGCUCGCCGAUGUACCCCAUCGUGGGGGUAGAUUCGCCCGAUGCGAUCGAGUGGAACUUCGGGCACAAGCCAUUUGCGUUUGACGGGUUGGCCUUGGACACGCCUCUGGACGACGCCGAUGUGCUGUGGGAGGAAGAAUCCUGCGACGAGGUUCAAGAUGAGAGCUCCAUUGGCGAGGGCUUGGAGUACUACACGUUUGCCCUGGACGACGACGACGACGAGUGGGACGACGAGUUUGUGUACCACGAAGAUGAAGAUGAUUUGGAGUAUGAUGAACCCUCCGAGUACGAAGAUGACAUGGAGCCGAUGGAAGAGUGACUGUCGUUUACUACUACUCUGUAGGAGUGUGGCCAUGAAUCAGAUUCAAUUAACCAAGUACUACUAGUACUUCAU